AUGGAGAAAGAUGUGUCAUCCGUGCCCCAAUUCGCAGCAGACCAUGCUGCAAAACUGGCGCGACGAGCUUUGCUGGCCUCUGCAGGACCGGUUACGCAGCUUCUGAUCGGGGAUGCCAUCGGCGAUGCUUUCGGUUUCGGAGUGGAGAUGCAGGACGCGUACUGGUUAAGGCAGAAGGUGACGCGCUGUACCAGCUGGCCGGAGAACCCAGUGAAGCCAGAGGAGCACAGGUUCAACAGCAUCCGGGGAAUGUAUUCAGAUGACUGUGAGAUGACGGUGGGCUUGAUGAAAGCAUUCCUGCAACAUGGAACGAAUGUGACAGAGGAGGCCAUGCUCACAGCUUGGCGAGUGGAAUGGGAGCUUGCGAAGCGCCGGCCUCUCCCGGCAGUGCCCGGUGCAGAGCGCAGCGGCCAUGGAAGUGUCAAGCAUUUCUUUCGUGGAAGCACUACCUUAGAGGAGCUGCGGGAAUCACAGGCCAGCCGUGUGGAUCCUGGCAAUGCACCGCCUAUGCGUGCACUGCCGCUGGCUUUUGUGCACCCGGAGCUCUGCCAGAAGUUGUGCCGCGUGAAUGCCGACAGCACCCACCCGCAUCCAAAAGCCCGAGCUGCUAGCUAUGUCAUUGCGCAGGCAGCUCGCUGGCUCAUCGUGGAGAGAGGUAAGAAGAGUCGAGUUGUGGAAGUGGCUUUGGAACGGCUGCAGUCCAGUGACUUAAACCAUGCAGAGACUGCAUCGCUGCUUCAAAAGAUCGGGGAACUGCCCGAUUACCACUCCUUUGGGCAGCGGCUGCGAGGCAUGCCGAAGGAUGUGCAUGCCCUGCUAUGCGGCCAGCAGCCACAUCCGGACCUCGAGCGUGUGCCGGGAGGGGAGGAUGGGACAUCUCCAGUGCAUGGCCUGGGCAGUGAUGCCAUGCGAACAGCUGGUGUCGUGCUUUACAUCCUACGGUUUCAUCGAGGUCCGCGCGAUGCCUUACUGACCUCGCUCUACAUCGGCGGAGAUGUGGACUCGAUCGCUGCUCUCUGUUUAGGGAUUGUAGGGGGUUCGGAAGGCCUGCGAUUGGGCCAGCGAUCUGGCUUGCCCUGGUUCUUGCUGGAAGAGCUGGAGGGCGUCGAAUACUUGGUCUCCGUCUCUUUCCGCUUCGAGGCCUGGCUCAAGCAACACAUGGGCUUGGUCUUAAGAGCUCGGGGCUCGAGCUCGAGCUCCGUCUCUAUGAAGCGCCCUGGAGCUGCUCUCAAGCGGCCGACCAAACGGCAGCGCUGA